GGAAAAUACAGUGCUGUUGAUUUGCAAUGCGCAUCGGGAAGAUUUUGCCGCAAAAGUCAAAACCAAAACACACCAAGUUUCGUUUCCAGCGGUGUAUGUUACUUGUGACUGAUCUUUUUAGAAGUCGGAUUUUGUUGUGAUUGGGAUUUGAUUGUUGCAUCGGUGUGCGGAGGGAUUUGCGUGCGAGCGGAGUGAUUCAGUGUUGCAGAACUUGCAUUUGAUCGGAGCGUGAUUGAACAUGUUGCAUCGCGGGAUUAUCGCCGUCUUCCUGGCGGCGCUCGUCUUCUGCGCAGGCUGCCUGCAGGGGGCCCGCGCCGAGGACGACAUCAUCGUGGAGACGGAGGAGCAGCAGCAGCAGUUCAAGACGGCCAGCGAGAUCGUCAAGGAGGCGGGCAGCAGCACGGGUGAUGCCCCGACCGAAGAAGCCGCCACCAACCUCGUCACGGGCUCCCCGGACGCCGACACCACGGUGUACUUCACUUAUCCCCUCAAUUCCAAAGAAAUCCCGACGAACAAGCCGGUGCGGCUGCUGAUCGGCUUCCGCAACCGCGGCGCGGCGGACAUGAUGGUGGACUACCUGGACGCGUCGCUGCGCUACCCCAUGGACUACUCCUACAUCAUCACCAACUUCACCGCCGUCCGCUUCAGUCGCCACGUGCCCGCCCAGCAGGAGGCCACCUUCGACUACGGCUUCUACCUGCACGAGGCCUUCGCCGCGCGCCCCUUCACGCUCAACAUCAACCUGCACUACCACGACGCCGCCGACAAGCUCUUCGUCAGCGCCGUCUACAACGACACCAUCCAGGUCGUCGAACUCGACGAGGGCCUCGACAGCCAGACGUUCUUCCUGUACAUCAUGUUGGCGGCGGUCGUCUCGCUGCUGGGCCUGCUCGGAUACCAGUACACCAGCGCCCGUUCGAAGAAGCGCUUUGGCGGCGUGAAGAAGGCGGUGAAGGCCAGCGUGAGCGCGGCCGGCAGCGGCAGUCAGGUGGAGAGCGGGACGUCGCGCAGCGGCGACGUGGACUACGACUGGCUGCCCGAGUCCACGCUGCGCGCCAUCAAUAAAUCACCAAAGAAAUCCCCGGUGCAGUCGCGGUCGCCGCAGCAGUCGCCCAGCGCCAAGAAGAAGCUUUGAUUCACCAUGCGAUGCGUUUUUCCUGUUUUCCUCUCUGUGUUAUCGUGUUUUUCAGCUAAUUUCUGUACCAGAUGCUUUUUAUUCAUUUUAUCCGGACGAUCAGCGGGUUAAAUAAAAAAAAGAAUACAGAAAU